UUAUUUCUGCUUUUCUCUGACUCAGUGUAGUGGGAUUGGAAUCAUCACACGCGUCUCUUUGGACAACGUAUAAAAACAAAUUGUGUUGGCCAACUACUUUGGUGACUGGUACACUUUUUUAGUCUUUUGCUGUAAAAUUCAAGAACGUUCAUGAUGCCAAGUUCCUCAAGCGUCAGUCAUCAAGGAUGGCCACAAGAUGUCGGCAUCGUUGCCCUGGAAAUUUACUUCCCCUCCCAGUAUGUGGACCAGACACAGCUUGAGGCAUUUGACGGCGUCUCAGCUGGGAAGUACACCAUAGGUCUUGGCCAGGGCAAGAUGGGAUUUUGCUCUGACAGAGAAGAUAUCAACACUCUCUGCUUGACAGUGGUGCAGAGGCUCAUGCAGAGAAAUAAAAUUGGCUACAAUGAAAUUGGCCGCCUGGAGGUUGGUACCGAGACCAUCAUUGACAAAUCGAAGAGCACAAAGACCGUGGUCAUGCAGUUGUUUGAGGAGAGUGGUAAUACAGACCUUGAGGGUGUGGACACCACUAACGCCUGCUAUGGAGGCACCGCUGCAUUGUUCAAUGCUGCCAACUGGAUUGAGUCUAGUGCUUGGGAUGGUCGCUAUGCACUGGUGGUGGCUGGAGACAUUGCCGUGUAUGCCACAGGAAAUGCCCGUUGCACAGGAGGGGCUGGAGCAGUGGCCAUGUUGGUGGGGCCGAACGCUCCCCUGGUGUUGGACAGAGGAGUGCGCAGCUCUCACAUGCAGCACGUGUACGACUUCUACAAGCCCGACAUGAGCUCCGAGUACCCCACAGUGGAUGGCAAGCUCAGUAUCCAGUGUUACCUUCAUGCCUUAGACAUGUGCUACCAGCGCUACACAACCAAAGCCGUUGCUGCAGGGAUCCGACCUGGCAACAGCACUAUCGACAUUGGAGAUGGCUUCUUGUUCCACUCCCCUUACUGCAAGCUGGUACAGAAGUCAUUUGCCCGCCUUUUGCUCAACGAUUUCCUCAGAGAUCCGAAUCCAGAUUUCCAAGGCCGAUACAAUGGGCUAGAGGCUUUCAGAGAGAUCAAACUGGAGGACACAUAUUUUGACCGGUCAGUAGAGGGAGCAGUGGUGACCGCAAGCAAGUCACUUUUUGAGGGCAAGACGAAACCAUCACUGUUGGUAGCCAACCAGGUGGGCAACAUGUACACACCCUCCCUCUACGGUGGACUUGCCAGCUUCAUCGCCAGUCACACCCUGGACUCCAUCGCUGGCAAGCGUGUCGUGCUAUUCUCCUACGGCUCUGGCCUGGCGUCCACCAUGUUCUCCAUGCAGUUCUCUGACAACAAAGCCCCGUCAGGAGCCCUGGACAAGCUGGUGUCCAGCCUGGCUGACCUCAAGCAGCGACUGGACAGUCGGCAGUGCGUUCCCCCACAAGACUUUGACAGCAACAUGAAGCUCAGGGAACAGACUCACCAUCUUGCUCCAUACACACCAGUGGGAUCUCUCUCAGUCCUGUUCCCUGGCACAUGGUACCUCUCUGAGGUGGAUAGCAUGCAUCGGCGGAAGUACGAGAGAACAUCUGCCAACUCAGGAGAUGGAGAUGUACAAAUGGCAGAGGUGAAGCAAUCGUCCAACGUGUCGGCCAGUUCUCAGAGUGCGUCAGCCAGAAGCUAACCUGGACGCUUCUUAGGUCAUUGCCUUUUUACAUAUAUUAUUGUGACAGAACUUUGCAGAAAUGAGGCUUCAGUCGUUGAAAAUGAAACAGAAAUUAAAAUAAAUUGGUGUGUUACAAUAGUGAUAUUGUAUUUUGUAUCGGCACGUUUGGGGUUAGGGAUGUCAAUAACUUGUGUCGAAAAACGUGAGCAGAUGGAAACGUAUGUCUUAAUUUGUCCUUUCUUUUAAACUUUAAGAGAUUUUACAGUGUUAUCUCAGCGUCUUUAGCCUUGUUUCAGCUUGACGUAUGACAAAUAUAUGCGACAUAGCAGUAACAGUGCUUUUCAGCAGUGGAAAAUUAAUUUGCACAAAUAUUGCUCAUUGUUUUAGGAUAUUCUUUUUAUUUGUGUAAAAAAAAAGCAAAAAAAAACAACAACCUUUAUAGCAGAAUGUGGGAGAAAAUGGGUCAUGUAGAAAAUGAGUGAUUUAUUGAGUUCACACAGUUCACUGGCAGAGUGGCUGUUGUACAUGUGUAUGUGUGUGUUUGUAAGAGAAGUGGUGUUACAUUGAGUUGUGAUGCUUGACAUGUGAGAUUUUGAAACUCUCUUAUAUAAUAUAUAAAUUCAGUUGAGUACUCUCAGAAAUUGACAGACAUCUGGGGUGUACAUGUUAUGUUCUUUACCAUGCUUGCAAGCAAUGUACUAAUGUUUUCCUGCAUGGUGAAGGUAUUCUAUUGAGUAGCUCCGUCUUUCCACUCGGAUGUAGUAUCCCAUGAAGCUUGGGUUGGCCUCCGCAGGGAGUGUCAAAGGAGCCCAUUUCAUUCAUCAGUCUUCUUAAUUGUGUCUGUGGGGGUGUAAAUUAUUUACAAUCUAUCUCAGAAGUUUGUAGUGUUGAAAGACAACAGAAGAACUUUAAAUCAAAGUGAAAAAGAACUGAGGAAGGGAUGUGUUUGGCGCUUUUUUGGGGUUAGUUUUCAUGUAGUUGGAAUGUGAAGACAAGCCUAAAAGCUUGUUAAGAGGGUUUUUUUUAAGCUCGGUUUCAUACCAUCAAAGUUCCAGCAAAAGAAAUGGUUUCCACCGUUGUAAACGACUCAAAGGACUGAAAUAAGGGGGUUUGGGAUGGGGUGGGGGGGUGUCAUGCAUAAAACGGCAUUCGUCAGCUGAUAUUAUUUAUGUUCAUAAUAUUCUGCUUAUUGAAGGCUCCCAUUUUUCAGUUUGACUGUCAGUGUGGGGAGAUACAUACUAUUCCUUAAAAAAUUGUCGUCAUUAAUAGCACGGUUUCCUAUUUGGUGAUGGACAUCAUCAGCACCAUGUAUCUCCACCCCGUACAUUGUUACUGAAUUGUGAACCUAAGUGCAUGUAGUAUUGAAGUCUGGAAAGUGUAAGUAUUGAAAGUGAAAUGUCUGAGAAGUUUUGACUAUUACUGUUGCUUGUUUGAUGGGGAGUCACUCUAUGGAUCUUUUCAGAAUUAAUCAAAUCUGAUAAAUCUGAAAUCGUCCUUAUCCCUCCUCCUUCUCUUUUGUGUUUGUUACUCGCUAACACGUCUAAUCUUUGGCACUGAUAUGACCUGAUUGUGUUGCAAGUGCCGUAAAACGCUUACUAUAUCAAACAAACAUUUUGUGUUGUAGGCUGUUCAGCAAAAUGUGGAGAUCUUGUCAAGUUUGAGCAGAGCCCAUUUAUGUAAAGAGGUUGGCUCUUGAUUUUGCAGUAUUCAGAAUUGUACAUGAGGGAAGAGUGAGAAGAGUGAAUGAACUGUAUUACUGACUUUAUUCUGUGCUGUGUUCUUGUUUUUAGGGGUAUUGAAAUGUCUCCCAACCUUAAAAGUUCGAAUGAUUGUUGUCUGUUGUUGUGCUCUUUUAAGGUCAUCUUGGUUUGUUUUGUUUUUAUUUCUUUUACCCGUUCUCAUGGGCUUUUCCCAGUCGUAAAGUUUUAGGUUUGCAAUCAAAGUUCAUAAUAUUUGCAGCUAUGUUUCAAUUUAUUUGUAUGUUGUCAUUCUUAUCUGUCAUACAACAACAACGCUCAUUUUUAAUUUCUCACAUCCUUUUUUUUGUUACGUCUACUCGGCUGCAUUCCUGGUACUUGUUUUGCUUUUUUAAAAGUCUUUUAAGCUUUAAUGAAAUCCUUUUCGUAAUGACAUGUUUUGUGUUACUUACGAUGACUAUGUUGAUCUCUCAGGUAAAGCUUUCAUUUUCUUAAUUACUAGUUCCUGUUGACUUUAUUCUUUUUGUAAUCUUUUUUCUUUUACCAUAGAAGCUUACUUUGUUCUAUUUGUUAAAAAUCAAUCAGUCGAAGGGUGCAAACAGUGUAAAAUGAUUUUAUAGUUAAGUUGGCCUCGCCUUUUUUUUCUUAUAUAAUGUUAGUAUUUUGUGCUGUAUAUAAAUAAUUAUAUUUACGGGAGGGCUGGGGGAGAUAGUCAGGCAAUCAUGUUUUAUUGCUUAGGGCAGCAAAUGGUCGAAUACUCUCUCAGCUUUCAGUCUCUUGGUGCGUGUGUGUGUAUGAGAAGUCCCAAAUGAAUUUUUUAUGUAUGAUGGUUUUCAUGUAGUCAAUUUUGCGUUCAGUGUCUGUGUACCCUGAUUGUUUUUUUUGUUUUUUCAGUGUUGUAUUUUUGUUGGUUUUUCCCUCCUAGAAGUGCUCUGUGCCAUGCUCUGAAGAGAAAAGUCAGUAUCUUUACAAAUUCAUUACAUUUUUAUGUAUCUUUAGUUUACAUGUGGCUUAUUUUUGUAGAUAUUGUCUUCAAUAAAGUCCACAGUAAAGUGAUCAAACGACAAAUACAAACUGCAUGUGUUUUUUGAAGAGUUGUAGUUGUUUUGUUUUUUUUUGUAACUGUUGUGCUUUAUUGCUUGGAGAUUACUCUCAAUUUAAUGUUAUUAACGAUUCGACACAGAUGAAAGAACACACAGAUUUACAUUCAUGUGUACAUAUGUAUUUUAUAGUUGUGUGUAAGCACACAGGAAGAUACACAUGCCAUAGCUAUUUUCUAUGAAGUUCACUUCUUCUAAACUCGUACUCUUGAGGAACGGAAAAAUCUUUGCGGAUUAAGAAAAUUCAUAAAAAUGGACUUAUCUGUGGCACCGUCCAUAGUGAUCAAAGCUAUCAUACUUGUAUGCACUGUGAGGUUGACGUUGAACACCUCACAUUUACAACAAAAAAUAAGUUUUGUAAAUUGGGGAGAGAGGAGGGUUAUGUGUACUCUUGUGAUAUUUCAUGUUAGUUGCUUUUUUUCUCUCUUCUUUUUAUACAGAUUUAAACGGGUGGGGUUUUUUUUCCCUCCUGUAUUUAACACUCUUAAAUGCGUUUUGUAUCAAUCCUUUUGGUCUGAAUGGGAUGAAAAUUCUGUUUUUGCCUCUCCCCCGCCCCCUCUCUCUCUCUGGCUGGGCCAACAUAUAGUCUUCAAUAGGAAUUGAAUUGAGAAUCAAAAACUUAGUAAUACCAUAUUAGGUUAUACAUUUGCUGUAAACUGACAGAAAAGAAUAGCCACCAUCAAGGUUACGGUUGGCCAAAUUGUUGGGAGUUUUUUUUUUAACUUAACAAUAUACAUAAUAUAAUAGUUUUCACUGAUAUGCUGUAUAUUUUUAUGAAACUUAAAGCAUCCUUGAAAUUUGUAGGCAGUAGAUGCAUGUGUAGUAAAAAAUUUUGUGUCCUCUGGAUCUUUGUGUGUAGGUUUAUGUGUAUGUACAGUCCACCAUGCCAAUCAUUACUUUUACUUUUAGCGUACAAUCAAAUCGCCUCGUGACAUGCUUGCUGUGCCCCAGACUCAUCAUUAUCUCGUUGGACCAGAUUCUCAUUGCCAUAGAGCGACACCUGUGAAUGUUAUUUCUUUACAUUGUUGUAUUGUGGUUUUUUGUUGUUGUUUUGUUCACUGGUUUUUCUUUGUUAUGAGCACUAGUCUUAUGGUGAGGAAGGAGGUACCGGUUGAAACUACACGCUGGUUUAGUGGUACGUCAUGACAGUGUAUCUUGAUAUAAAUAUAUACAGAUUCUACAAACAUUUUGUGUUUCUUUUGUCAUAUCAUGUGUGAAGAACAGAAAUACUUUAUUUUAUUUUUUUUUGCAAGUGAAAAUGAAUUGGCUGCAUUUGUAGUUAUAUAAAACUGUAUACUUGUCAGCAGUAACUGUUUAUCUCGGUAUGUACUUGCUCUGUGUUUUAUGUCAGUCAUGACUACGUCAACAAAUAUGUACAGUUUAACCUGAUGUGGCUACCCACCUUCUAUUGCAGUGGUUACGUUAUGGGGAGGGGGGGGACAAACAGUCGUUUUUUCUACGUAAUUGGCCCACAUGAUAGCUUUGGCCUCACUUUUAGUAUAUGGCUUCUUCCUGAAUACAAUUUUUAAAAAGACUUAAAGUAAUAACUUUGCUUUUGAAUGCUUCUUGACCCCAUAAUAAGGGAAAUAAUAUUAAUAUCCUUGUCGAAGGCACUUCAGCCAAACAUUUUUAGAAAGAAAAAGUGCACACAAAUUUGACAAUUGGCGUUGUCAGAUUUGCAGGGUUUUUUGGGUUUUUUUUAGUUCAGAGGGAUUUUUAGUUUCUCAUAAAAAUAUGAACCACAUGUAUACUGCUCACUUUACACAAGUUUUUCUGUGCAUGUUUUAUAUGAGAGGAGACUCUGGUGCUUUGUGGCUGUAUCUGAAUGCAUCUGUGUCAUUGAUGGCUAUGUGUCUCGGUAUACUAAAGACAUGAAUGUGUAUUUCUUCUGCUCAGUGUAAAACUCCCGUCAUACACCACUUUUCAAAAUUAUAUGACCUUAUUGUGUUGUAAUUGUAAGUGCUGUAAAACUUUUACUAAAACUAAAUUUUUCAAAAUGGCACAUACAUACAUAUUAUAUGUCGGAGUCUUACACCAAGCAGAUGGUUUAUUAAAAGUACAGUGUAAAUCUUUGCAUUGAUGUGAACCUGAGUGAGCACGGAUCUGGAGGUGGUGGCGAUGUACUGACUGUGAUGUCGACGUGUGAUACACUGCAGUACUUAGAUUGUACGGAUGUGUGUGUGUCGGUCGAUGGAUCAGACUGGGAUGCCGGGCAAGUCUGGGAGGUUUUGUGGAUGCUGGAUAUUAUUUGCCUGUGUUCUGUUGUGACUUUCUUUUGAGCCACAUCAGGUCAGCGCUAGACUCGAAGGUCGUGGAUGAUGUCAUCACAAAAACUUUCAGUGUUGUCGGGCAUUUGAAUCUGAGCGUUUGUGCCAAUAAAUAUUCAUAAUAUUCUUACCUCAA